GGGAUUUCAAUAUCUUCUCGGGAGAGAGGUUCAUGGACAGUGGACCUCUGCGCUCGGUUGGUGCUGAAAAUAUGUAUCGGCUUCGGGCACCUCCGUACAAUCUACCUGCCGAUAUCGUUCGUGUCUUGGAUUAAAAAACGCCUAGCCGUUUUCUCAGCACAUGCACCGAAGGCCUCGACCAGUGAAAACGAACAACUUCAGAUACUUAUCUUUUAGGCGUACACUGCCGUAAUGGAAAGGGACAAUGUAGCUAUCUAGCCAAAUUGCUAACACUGAGAGGACCCAGCACCAAAACUUCGUAUGGAGAUUAAAACGGUUAUCAAUCUAAUCUAUCAACGGAGGACAUUCACGCGAUUUGGGAUUUAUUCACUCACGGAGCCGGUGUGACUCCAUAUAGCUAACGUUACAGAAGGAGCUGAAGCUAUUCAAGAGUAUUGGGACACAUCCGAUCCCCACCUCCAUUCUGAUGAAUGGGGACUGAAUGAUACACUCAGGGAGAGAACAGUGGUACUCCUGUGCCGCUGGCAGCGGAUUCCAGGCUCCGUGGAGCGACGACUCACUCUGGGCUGCAGACCUCUGCCACCCCAUCGAUCUGCCACCCCAUCGAUACGCACACAGUCCAUUUGGAUGCAAAUGAGCUGUAUCCCGGCAGACAUCUAGAGGCCCUGCCACACACAUCUGGCUAAAGAGAGGAAGAUCACAAGUGACACCACAGCGGGGGUGGAGAGAGCGACCGUGCCCGUUGGAAAACCUGUUGGAUUUAAGUUCUCUUUAUUACAGAUUAUCACACUGCUCUCCUAACUGCCACCCUCCCCCUUCACACACACACCCACACACACUCGCACAGACACACACUCACACAGACGUAGAGACGGACACGAACAGAGACGGAUAGACGGAGACUAACACAGACACACACACUCCUCUAGAAGUAGCCCUAGAGAGUCACAUAAACGUCUCACAGUCACUCAGACUUGCGCUCCGAGACUCAGUUGGUUCUCAGGGGUCGUGGUGGGAGGGUGCCCCCCCCCCCUCUCGUUGCACUCCGCUGGGGGACGGAAGUAGAGGAAUGGCCCUGGGGGAAUGGCUGGCUGGCUGCCUCGCUCAGUGAGACGGAGGCUUAUGUAACUAACAAGCCCGCCUCAUCUUUCUCUCCUUGGCUAGCUAACACAGCUGGGCCUUGAGUCUACAGACACUGGGGAGGAGCUCAUCAGCCCCCCCACUAGGGAAUACAGCUUCCAGCUUCUAAUCUUCAGGCCCUCAUCCUUCCUCUCUGGGUUCAACUUCACAUUGCUAUUUUUUAAUUUUUUUAAUCCUUUUUAUUUUUUCAACCAUUUUUUCAGGAGGACAUUUUAAGGGUGUUUUGGAUAUGUGGGAUCGACCGCUGAGACUUCCUGCUUGUCUCCCAUUGGCUCAGGGAUGCCCCGACCAGAAAGAACAAAGUCUGAGAGUCCGUCUACGCGCACAUUGGCGUUUUUUAAGACGCUGUUUGGACUGAAGGGACAGCCAUUUAAUUAGUAAGGAAACUAGCUGACUUCUUGAUAUUCGUCUUCGCUGAUUUUUUUUGCUCUCGUUUUGAUGUUUUGUUUUUCCUAUCUCAUAUGACGAUUGAGAGACAAGACAGACAAGAAUCCACUUGGCCACAAUCAAAGGCCAUUUUGCUCUGCCUUUCUCUCUCCCUUGGUUUUUCUCUCUCCCUCAUUAUGCAUAUCGACUACCUGUUUACACACUAGACCAGCUACAGUGAUAGCCUACCUUUCUAUCGAGGCAGAAAAGAAACGAUUAAGUUGCGACCUUUUUAUGUCUUUUACCUGUGACAAAUCAAAAACCUUGCAGUCGGUCUCUACCUCCUCAAUCGCUUCAAACCCUUUUAAAAACGUCUGUGUCAGAACCAAAUCCAUACUCAGUCGAAUCUGCAUCACAGACCGAGUAGUGUACAGACUGAGCAGUCGACAGACCGUCCAAGCUACAGACCAAAACAACCUGUCAUCUUAGUCUGGGUGGGGAGAAGGUUAUUAGGUCGAUGUCAUUGAACUGGACCAGAGAUCUUUGAAAUAUUAAGUUAUUGCUGCGGGCUUUCAUUGAACAGGGAAUGUAUAGCAGGUCAACCAAGGUGAUCUGCCUCAUCCCCUGUACCUAACUGACAUUUUGACGCCCGAAAGUCGAGUUGUGUUUUUGAAACCAUUUCAAAGGCGACUAGAUGAGAGUAGGAUUGUAAUGAAUUAAGAAGAAAUGUAAGUUAAAACUGCUUUCACAAUCAUCCGCAUUAUGUUUUACUAGGACAUCCUACUUGUUUUCAUUUGAAAAGGGAGCGUCCAAGGUUUUUAUAUUCCACACCCAAACAAUCAAGCCAUAUCACAGCUUGUUCCUCUUUUCUAUUUGUUGCACUAUUUUAUUUUUGUAUCGUAAAAUCACUAAGCCUUCAAUGAAGUUAUUUACCUCUCGCACGCACGCACACAUUUCUUGAAAUUCCCCUUUAAAAUGUCAAGGCGUUGACCCAAAUCCACUGUAAGGAACCAGUUUAAAGACUAAAGGAAAAACCAAGCAAUUCAAAAGUAUCAGCCUUGAGAUUGACACACGAUUGAGCAGAAGUUGUUGUUGUUGUUGUCCCCCCCCCCUAUAAGCCAGUAGUUCACGCAUAGAGCGGCAACGCCUCAAUCUUACAAGAGCACGACUUUAAGUAGUGGCUCUGUUUACCUUUCAUGUUGACCUUUAUGUUGACCUGUGUGUUGUCCGGAGGACAGAGCAACAAAAGCCUUAUCGCGGAGGCUCUUUUAAGCCUCUAGCGGCUGGCAGAGUGCAUCUCAAUCAAAUACCCCCCCCCCUCUAUCUCUGUCUUACCCUCUCCUUUCAAAUAGCCUCUGUCUUAUCUUACCACCUCCUCUUGGACGAGGCCAACGGUCAAGUUGAAUAGACGUCAAACAACUUCAAGCAAAGGGACAGAGUUGUUUUAUUAACACGUGGUUUAGGGAGGGGCCAAUCUACCCCUUCUUUCUUUUCACCCCCCUCUUUCCGGUGAACAUGCAGAAACGCUGGUCUUCUCUCGUACUGGUCCGAUUGAGAAGGGGACUCCUCUACCUCCCUCUCUAACCACUUCAAUCCCUCUGUCUCUCCCUCCCUCUCUCUCUCUAUGUGCUCUUUCUCUUAAUCUCUCCCUCCCUCUUUAUCUAUAAUCCCUCCAUCCACACACCCCGAACAAAUCCUCCCUACCCCCUCAUCCCCACCCUCCCUGGGUGGGGUAAUUCCACCGUCCCGUCCCCCUCCCCUCUACCCCCUCCCUGAGUAAUCAAAGGCAUUAUAGCCCCCUCCCCUCUCCCCUGUGUGAUGCCGGGCAGCAGUAAGAGUGGGGGUGCGGGUGGCCUCCCCUCGCCCCCAUACGCCUCCCCAUCCCGGCCACUUCGCCCGUCCCGCUACGUGCCCGUGUCGGCGGCGACGGCCUUCCUGGUGGGAUCCACCACACUCUUCUUCUGCUUCACGUGUCCAUGGCUGUCGGAGCAGUUCUCGGUUGUCGUGCCGAUCUACAACGGUGUCACCUUCCUGUUCGUCCUGGCCAACUUCUGCAUGGCCACCUUCAUGGACCCGGGCAUCUUCCCCAGAGCGGAUGAGGAUGAGGACAAGGAGGAUGAUUUCCGCGCUCCGCUCUAUAAGACGGUGGAGAUCCGGGGCAUCCAGGUCAGGAUGAAAUGGUGUUCCACCUGCCGCUUCUACAGACCGCCCCGCUGCUCACACUGCUCCGUGUGUGACAACUGUGUGGAGGACUUCGACCACCACUGCCCGUGGGUGAACAACUGUAUCGGCCGGAGGAACUACCGCCACUUCUUCCUGUUCCUGCUGUCCCUGACGGUCCACAUCACGGGAGUGUUUGGCUUCGGCCUGCUCUACGUCCUCUACCACACACAGCAGCUGGACACGGUCCACUCUGCCGUCACUAUGGCAGUGAUGUGUGUGGCUGGUCUCUUCUUCAUCCCGGUGGCUGGUCUCACUGGCUUCCACAUGGUACUGGUGGCCCGGGGGAGAACCACCAACGAACAGGUGACGGGGAAGUUUAGGGGAGGAGUGAACCCUUUCACUAAUGGCUGUUGGAAGAACGUUUCUCACGUGCUCUGCAGCUCCCAAGCCCCCAGGUACCUGGGGAGGAAGAGGAAGCCUCACGGUGUGGUUGUCCAGCCUCCGUUCCUCCGGCCACAGCUCACUGAGACUCAGCUGGCCGCUAAGGUCCUCGACAACGGUAUCCAUGGAGACCUCCACCGGUCUAAAAGCAGUCUGGAGAUGAUGGAGAGUCAGUCGUGUGAUGCGGAGCCUCCUCCUCCCCCCAAACCAGAGCUCAGGUACCCCGGCCUGUCCAGAGGCCACCAGGAACAACACACAGAGGAGAGUAGUCUUCUGAGCAAAGCCCCGCCCACACCCACCAUGUAUAAGUACAGGCCAACCUAUAGCAGCCCGGGAAAGAACCACACUGCCCUCACUCAUGCCUACGCCAACCAGAUGAGUCGAGGGGACAGUCUAAAGGAGUCGUCUUCUCUGCUCCAGUCCAGCCAGCAGCCUGGCUUCCGCUCUGAACCCAGCCUGGAUGGGAGAGAGGCCCCAGGGGAGAGAGGGGGAGGAGGAUUGGGAGGAGGUGGAGACAGACCCGGAGGAGGGGGGUCAGUAGGGGGGGCACCAGGGUCAGGGGGUGGCGGUAUCCCCGGUUACUCCCUAGGGGGACGUUCCUACCCCUCCUUUUCAGACCCAACGGUUCUAUCUUCCGGUGGAGGGGGAGGGGCUUCCCGUUCUUCCAGCGUGCGUUCUGGCUCCGCCCACAAUGCGGCCCACAUCUCCGAGGCUACGACCUCCACGAGCUACAAGAGCCUGGCCAAUCAGACGCCUCCUCCGCGCAACGGCAGCCUAUCGUAUGACAGCCUGCUCACGCCCUCCGAGAGCCCCGACUUUGAGUCAGCCGCACCCGACAUGUCGCCCGGGCGCCACCGUACCCCCGCCCCGCCCCCCGUCCUGGGCUACUCCUCCCCCUACCUGUCGGCCCAACUCAGCCAGCAGAGAGACGCAGAGCUCCACCAGCCCUCCGCCUCUUCCGUAGCCUUCCUUUCCUACCCACACCGCGCUCACUAUCUCCGCGCCUCCUCCUCCCCCUCCCCUCCUCCCCCUGAGAGGGAGCGACUCCUCCAGGAAUCGCACUCCCACUCCCACCACUCUCAGCCCCCUCCCUCCUCCGCGGCCCCAACCCCCCACCCACACCACCACCACCACAGCAGCCACAGCUCCAGACCCCCCCGCUUCUCCCGGCCCCCGCUCCUGUCCGACUCGGCCGCCCCCCACCACUACCCGUACCGCACCCGGUCCACGGACACCCCCCUGGCCCCCUCCACACACCCCCCGCGCUCCCCCCACCCCCCGCCGCUGGGGAAGUCUCUGUCGUACUCUUCGGCGGCGGCGGCGGAGAUGCAGUACCGGAUGGUGCGCAAGGCGUCGGCCUCGGCCGGAGGGGGAGGGGGAGGGGGGGGCGGGAUCCAGGCACCUAAGGACGAGAUUCAGAUGAAGUUGCUCAGCCGGACGAACGGGCAGCCCAGGUCCUCCCUUUCCUCCUCAGGCUCCACCCCUUCCUCCCCCUCUCACCCAAUCAGCAUGUCCACUCGCCCCGGACAGGCCUAUCCCAGCCCUGGAAACACCCAGAGCCCCGCCCACAAGCUGGUGGGUGGGGUGAAGAAGGUGACGGGCGUCGGCGGGACCACGUAUGAGAUUUCAGUCUGAGUUUGACGGGCGGCCACUCCGACUAAUGGUGUCAGACGUUGGAGGUGAAGGAGGGGUCAGAGAUGGACUGAUGAUAUUUCUGCCUCUCGGACCCUUCAGGAGAGAGGAAAGCUUUUAAUGAACAGACGUUUUAAAAGUUGCUCUUCUUCCAAAUGCGAUGGACUCCGGACUUCCUCUCUCGUUCAGAGACCUCCAGUCAAGGAACUACAGAACUAAUCGGGAGGAAGUUGUUUAACCAGUCACAUUCAAGAACACAAUGCACCAUUAUGACAUGGUGGGCGUAUGGGCCAAGGGAUCCAAUCAUACCCCUAAAGAGGCGGGACUCUUUGACAAUCCACCAAUUUCUGGGCGGGUUGAACUCUGUGGGAAAGAUUGAGUGACAGUUAUGACUGGGUUUGCCUUUUAUUGGAUAAAACAAGGAAGAUCAAUAUGGCUGCGUUUACACAGGCAGCUGGAUUCUGAUCUUUUUUUUUUUUACCAAUCAGAUCAGCUCUGAAAAAGAGCUGAUGUAAAAGGAUCUGAUUGAGCAAAAUAAAUCUUAAUUGGGCUGCCUGUGUAAAGUCCUUUUUUAAAGAAAAGAAAUGUACUUUCAUUCAUUCAUAAAUGUGUAAUGAUUCAUUCUCUGUACAGAAUUAUAUGGUUUGGAAUUUAUGGUGAUUUCCUCCAAUCAGUGGCAUUUAAAGGUUACAGCGGCACGCUCCGGCCACUAUUGACCACUGUGAUUGGCUAGUGAUCUCGCUGCCAUUCUCUCUCGACCAAUCAGAAAUGGAGAUGCUAAACUGUAGUAGACGGCAGGGUCAUUGGUAGAGUUUGUUUUGCCCGGCUCAGUGCCCCGGGUGGGUGGAGAUUUCACUUAAGGACCAAUGGAAUGGUUAAAGAAAUAUAUAUCGCUGGGUCUGUACUUUAAAGAUGGAGCGGCCUUUUCUAAACAAACUUUGGAGCAAUGGCCUUGAAAAUCAAGGAGAGAAGUGUUUUUUAUUUUUUAUUUUACAUAUUUAAUUUCAAAAUGUUAUUUUAUAUGAAUUUCUCUCUCUAUUUUUUUGAAUGGCCAGAUAGGGUUUUUCUGGUUUGAGUUAAUUUCAGAAUUGUAACCAAAACAGGGGAAAACUGUUGCCGUGUUCAUGUUCUAGUCGGAACUUGGACAUUUCUGACUUGCUAACUGGCUAACAAGUGCCGCAUUUAACCAGUUAGCAAGUCGAAAAUGUCAGUUUCCUAGUUCCCGAUUUAGCGCUAGAGCGCGGCUCAGUUGUAUUGAUGGCUGCACCAGCCAAUCAGAGGCUGGGUUUUGAGUCUUCAGCCAAAGAGAGUAGCUGGACAAUGUUAUAUGGUUCAGCUAAUGGGAACCAAUGUAUAUGAUAAAAGGCGAUGUAGCAUUUUAAAGUCCUUUGAUACACAGUAAACCACUCGACUUCUCGUGGGGCAUAUUUCAGAGACAAGUUAUCGUUGUACCUUCUGGUUGUUUACUUCUGAGCUUUGUAAUAAUUUGUCUGAAAUGGCACCCUAUUCACUAUAUAGUGCACCACUUUUGACCAGGACCUAUAAGGAAUAGGGAGCCAUAACACACACAACCAAGGUUUCGUUUUAUUGGUCCAGAUAAUGACGUCUCGGGUUGCCACUAGCUGACCUAUCUGGAAACGAGCGAGGAUCACAUGCUUUGCCGUGACCAAUCCGUAGAGAGCAAGAGAUUCAUUUCAGCCUACUCUUUUAUUCGUUAACGGUUAAACCAAUGAGAUGAACAGCUGAAAAAAAAAGUCAGUAACAUCCUUUUUAUAUUUAUUUUUUACUUUCCUUUGCAAGAUUUUUAGGACAAUUUACAGGGCAUUGCUAUAAACCGACAGUUUGUUUGACCAGUCAGGAGCGUAGAAUGAAACUAAAAGAGCACGUCGCCCAAUAAGGCAAAGACGUUUGACUGCCAUCAGGAACAGCCAAUGCCCUUGCAGAUAUUUAGACAAGUACGAGCCCGGGACUUGGGUGUUUUGAAAUAAAAAUAAAUAAAAAGAUAUGUACUAUAUAGCUGUGUGUGUGGGCGUGUGCGUCUGUGAGUGUGUUUGAGCAUUGGUAAUAAAGUAUUUAAAACCAAA